AUGUUUGAUCUUCGAUUCCAAGGCCCUCUCCAUACCUGGACCAACAACCAACCUGACUCUCCAGUGGCAAAGAAACUUGACCGCCUACUAGUCAACAACCACCUAAUCAACCUGUUCCCUAACAGUAUAGCCAACUUCCUUCCCCCUCUUACCUCGGACCAUACCCCCUGCUUCAUUGACCUAGCCCAUACCCUCCCUAAAGCCGGAUCCCGUCCCUUUAAAUUCUUUAACUACCUAUCCAAACACCCUGACUUUCAUCAUGUGGUCACAGACGCUUGGAUUCAGGCUGGAAGCUUUGGUUCCACACUCUCUCAAUUGUGCUGGAAACAAAAGACCAUUAAGAGAUCUUUGAGAGAAUUGAAUAGAGAGAAUUUCUCACAAAUACAAAAGAGGGUUAGUGAGGCUAACUGUUUGUUACAAGCUGUGCAGGUACAAGCGCUCCAAACACCAUCUCAAACCCUAUUUGACCAGGAGAAGACGCUGCAUGAGAGAUGGAAUUACCUGAGACAAAUUGAGGAAAGUUACUUCAAACAAAAAUCAAGAAUCAACUGGCUUAAAGAAGGGGACCAGAAUACCACUUACUUUCAAAGGAUAGCUCAGACCAGAGCCAGUUAUAACUCGAUCAGAUCCUUCCUGUUGCCUAAUGGUCACAUCCUCGAGGACCCUCAAGAUAUGAGCCUUCAUGCAGUCAACCACUUCAAAUCGAUCCUCGGACCCUCGAUUCUGCCUCCACCAACGCUUGCCUCGCCUCCGAGUUGGUUUGCCUCCCUUAUCCCUUUCCGAUGUUCCCCUGACCAACAAAGAGCAAUGGUCACGUUUCCUCAAGCCGAUGACAUAAAAAGGGUCUUGUUCCGUCUGAAUCCGAACAAGUCUUCAGCCCCAGAUGGACUUACCUCAGGAUUCUACAAGGCGGCUUGGGGGAUCCUUGGUGAGGAAGUCAUUGCUUCAAUCAAGAACAUCUUCUUAACCUCUUUUAUGCCGACUUCAACAAACUCUACCAUCCUCACGCUUGUUCCCAAGUUCCCGGGAGCCUCUAAGAUAUCAGAUUACAGGCCCAUCUCAUGCCUCAACACUCUCUACAAAGUAGUGUCCAAAUUGCUGGUGACUCGCUUAAAGCCCAUCCUCCCGACUCUGAUCCUUCCCAACCAAACUGUCUUCAUCAAAGACAGACUAUUAGUUGAGAAUACGGUUCUGGCAGGUGAAAUAGUGAAUGGCUAUCACAAAGACAAAGGUCCUAAAAAGAUAACUAUUAAAGUCGACAUAGCCAAAACGUUCGACAGUGUCUCGUGGGAGUUCCUCUUCAACUGUCUAGAAGGACUAUAUAUCCCUGACCAAUACUUACAGUGGCUUAAAUCCUGCAUCAGGACUACAAGCUUCACGGUGGGAUAUAAUGGUAUGGUCCAUGGCUACUUCAAAGGAAAGCGAGGACUGCGACAAGGGGACCCUCUAUCUCCCUACCUAUUCGUGAUAGCAAUGAACUGUUUAUCACUCAUGUUAAACAAGGCAGCAGAUGAAGGAAAAUUCAAUUACCAUGAAAAGUGUGAAGCGUCGACAUUAACUCACCUUUGUUUCGCGGAUGAUCUUCUCAUCUUUGUGGAGGGAACAUUGGAGUCGGUACAAAACGUCCUCCAAGUCCUCCAAGAAUUUCAUCUUCGCUCAGGUCUAGCUGUGAGUGUGCAGAAGUCAAGCUUCAUUGCCUCAGGUCUAAGCCAACCGGAAUGUGACAUCAUCAAGUUCUCAACUGGAAUGCCCAGGGAACCUUACCAGUUAGAUACUUAG